AUGGAGCCGCGGGAGUUGCAAGCUGGCGUUAACUGCGAGUCGUGGCCUAGUCGCCCGUCUGAAAGCCGCCAUCGCUGGCAGGAGGUGACGCGUGCGGCCUGGCGCGCUGAAGUCGGUCCAAAGCUGAAGGCAAUUGAGUCGCUUCCGUUGAACACCGAGACCGACCUCGACCGGUUUUUCGCCGAGGCAGACAAGAUUCUCCAAAAUGGGAGAGAUAAGCUCGUUCCUCAAAGCAGGCCGCCCGACAUCAGCACCAGAGUCAGGCCUUCUGAUCCGGCAGAUCGAGCUCCGGGCAAGAAAAAGAAGUUCCAGGAUCAAGGGAACCGCAACGACAAUCGAGAGGCCUCCUCCCGCAAGAACAAGGCGCAAGGCGCGGCCGCUGCGCCUCAGAGUGCACCAAAUAACCCGGAAAGUUCGCCCACAGAGACGCGCCACCAGCGGACCAAGAACUGGCGCAUGUAUUUGGCUGAUCGGAAAAAGUGUAUUCACAAGCUGGCCUGCCUGGCCGUUCGACUGGCGGAGGCAUCUCCUAAGACGGACAUUCCUGACUUUGUGGAAGACGGAAAGUAUUACCAGACGGUUGACGAGAAGGCCGAGCUGCUGGUGCGCAAGCUUUGGCCUGAUUCCAGUGAAGCCACCGGGCAGCCACCCGGGCUGGAACUUCCUGAUCUUUCAGGUGAGAUCAACAGUGAAGACACGGCGCUCAUGGAUCUCAAGCCUGGAGAGCUGGCCGACACGGUGCGCCGUAUGCCUGCUCAUAAGGCCGAGGGAAAGUCCGUCAGACUCACGCGUUGGCUCCUGAACUCCGGCGUACUUCCCUUCGAACAGUAUGGGUGCCAAGGGAGAAACACCAACCAAGCUCUCGAGUCACUCAUCAACGCUGCUUACAACAGCUGGACUGAUGGCGACAAGGAUCGCUAUGUGUCCAUUUACGCCCUUGACAUCAAGGGCGCGUUCGACCGCGUUCGCCGUGCGCACUUGCUACGGAUCCUGAGCGAGUAUGGCGUUCCGGACUGGAUGAUCACGUUCGACAGAGGAUUGAUCUCUAACGAUAACGCUGUUCUGUAUCAAUUGAAGCGUUUUCUGAUUGCCGCAUUUGUUGACGAUAUCACCUUCUUAAUCGUCUCCGACUCCGUCGAGAAGAACAACAAGGCCGCAGAAAAAUUGUACAACGCCUUAGUUGACUUUGCUGGAAAGGAUGGCACCACAUUCUCCGCUGAUAAGACAAAAGUGAUACACCUCUGUAGGGCAAGGCAGAAGUUCAACGACAGCAUGCCUAACAUCAAAGAUGCUCCCCCGAAGGCAGAAAAGGCCAUCAAGAUUCUCGGGCUAUGGCUGGAUUAUCGUCUGACAUGGGAAACGCACGUGGAAAAGAUUGUGAACAAGGCCCGGCUGAAAAUGUUCAACCUACGUCGCGUUGCUGGGUCAACUUUUGGCCCAGGACUCAAGAAGCUUCUGGACAGAUACACUAGCGCUAUUCUCCCCAUCAUCAGCUACGCAUGUCCUGUUUGGUUCGCGGGGUAUGAUGAGAGGAAGUACACCGAAUCUGGGAAACCGCCGGGUGCCAGGUGCCGGCUCUCAAUCAGUGCCAAGCUUGUCAACAGGCUGGAGAGCGAGCACAACUACUUCUUGAAGCAACUGUCUGGGGCUUAUGCCAUGACCACCGGCUUCAUCCUCCUCAAGGAACUCGCAGUGCCAACGAUUGCUGUUUUACUCACCAGGCUUGUGCGAACCUACUGGGCUCAGGUCGUGGAGACGCGGUACGGGGGCAAGUUGCUGAAGCCCAGUGUGGCUUACCCGGACCAACACCCUUAUGUGCUUGCCGCAACUGAUGCCUACCGCAAGGUUUUGCGACCGGCAAAAGACCGGCUCGAGCUGGAAAAGCCGGUCGACGAGGGUGCCAGGUACAGGAAGCUCAGACGACUCAUCAAGUCCAUUGCAGACGACCUCGUCACAGACCAGAUGCAGACGGAUUGGGUCGUGUUUGUCAACGUACGCAGCUGCGAGACUCGGUACUUCAACAAGUUCCCUCCAGCCCUCGGAGGGACGUGGGGGAAACACAACUUCAAGGUCUACGAAGACUUGCUCAAGGCUCAGAGCACUAUCCUGCUGCAUUGCCGAACAGGUGUCAAUGGCCUCAACGCAUGCUUGAAUUUCAUGUCUUUCAAGCUGGCCCCCAGCUCUGCCUGCCCCUGCGGAGCCCGUCCUCACGACGCCAGGCACCUCUUCAUGGAAUGUCCCUUGUUGGCGGCCCCGAGGAAGCAUCUGAAGGCCGCCAUGCAUGUGUUCUCUUUCCAAGUCCUGGUCACCGACUACCCCAAGCUGGCUGCCAACUUCGCGAUCCGAUACUUUUCGCUCGAGCAGUUCGCAUGGACGGCAAAACGCCUCGCGAACCCUGACUUUGGCAACCUGCCAACGGGGGGGUCUUACGCUGGGGCUGAGGGAACAACAUCGCUGUCCAUCAGGCCGAAAGCUAGGUAG